GGCUGACAGGGCAGCGGAGCGCACGCGCCGCGCGCUGGUGGCCGUAAUGGCGCCUCCUCAGCAGGCGCGGGUCCUUCGGUGUUGCAGCUGCCGCCUCUUCCAGGCUCACCAGGUGAAAAAAAGUCUCAAAUGGACAUGCAAAGCUUGUGGGGAGAAGCAGUCAUUUUUGCGGCCGCUGAAGGGGCAAGAGCAUGGAGGCGAUACCCAGGAGGGCUCUGGAAGCGACUCACGUUCCGCUGGAGGGAACCUGGUCUCGUGGCCACACCUGACUGAAAGGAAGACUAGAAAAUGUAGUGUAGUUUGUUUCCAGGCUUACAGCGAGGGCUCUGGUGCAGACUGUAGACGCCAUGUCCAAAAGUUAAAUCUGCUUCAGGGACAGAUUUCAGAGACGUCACUCAGGUCUCUGGAGGAAUCCGUAAGUGCCAACGAGGAGGAAAGCACAGGUCCUGGGUGGGCUGUGCACGCGGGUCUGCAGGAAAAACCCCAGCCCUCAAAGAACCGCUGGCUGAAGUAUCUGGAAAGGGACUCCGAAGAGCCGGGGCCAGGAGGAGGAGCGUGUUCCAACAGACAGCCCUCACCCGAGACAGAGAAGCCAGAGCCUCCCCGCCGCACAGGCCUGCCUAGGAAAAGGAAGUGGAGCCAGAGCGCGGUCCAGCCUCCGUGCAGCCCUGAUGUGCAGGACUUCAGAAACCGUGGCGUCACCUUGGAGCCCCUGAAGGUGGGCUCCUGUGCACCUGGGGCACCCCCUUUGCCCCAGGCCUGCUCCAGACCCCACCACACCUUCAAGACCGAAGAAUGCUGGCCUUGCUUUACAGUCAUGGGAGCCACGAGCACCCAGCAGAGGAAGCCCGCCACCCCCUGCACAGGCCAGGGCCAGCCUGGCCAGCUUCAGACACGAGCGCAGGGCUCCAGCUCAGAGCCAGGCGGCUGAGGCCAGACCUUGGUGUUGCUGCCAGCUAGCGGCGUGACCCCGGGUAAGGUCGUGGCCCUGAAUCUCCCAAGUGUGGAAGGGCGAGAGUGACAGUUCCCGAUGCGCAGUCCCUGGGCUGAACCUUCUACCUGCAUCCUGUCUAAUGCUCGCCUCAGGCCUGUCCCGUUUUGAAGGUGAGGGACUAAGGCUGGCGAAGGUUCUGUGAGGUCACAGCAGGUCAGGGGCAGAGCUGGCAGUCCUGCCACUAACUGCUGGCCACAGAGCCUCUUCUGUGUGCCUGCGGUGGUGAUGCAGGAUCCCGCUCGUCCUUGCUUUUAGACUCUUUCGUAGGCAAUGAAACCCAAUUUUCAGCACAUCUUUGGUUCCUGAGGUAGAAGGAAGCCAGGCCCAAGCGCCACUGUCAUAUCCCACGGGACCCUGUGCAGCCACUUCACAGCCCAAAACCUUCAACAUGCUUCUAGAGACCGUCCCACCCACCUGGAGAUGAGCACGCGGUCUUCCCAGGCGGUCUCUGGGCCGCCCCUGCUCGCACUUCAGGGGCUCCCUCACUGGACUCUGUGGUCCCCUUGAGAUCUAAUCACAUGAGGACACCUCCCCUUUUUGGAAAGCCUAUCAUGGAAUUUGGCAGAGGUUUGGAGGUAGAGGGCGUUUAUUUGCUCUGCUUUGCUAAACCUCAAAAAGCAUGUCCCUAGCCUGCCAGCCCAGACUAGCAGAGCAGAGCAGAAAGCGUCGAGCCCAGACGUGGUGACAACCACUAGUGCAGGCCCCUCCCCUGCCCCUCAGGCCUCUGGGCACAUGUUCUGAGUGGAGAACGGGGCCAUCGUAUUUCCACCACAGGACUGCACUGGCCUGGCAGGGAAGGUCGAAGGAGGACGCAGCCAUGAGGACAGGGGCAUCAGGGAGCUCGUCGUUCCUUGGGGGGAGCCACCACGUCCUGCCCAGCAGGUCAGGGCCACAUCUUCCAAGUGGGAACCAUUUCUU